AUGUUAAUGAGGCUAGCUAUAAAAAUCGAGUCGAUACCUUUGCAAUUUGUCAGUUUGCUUUGCGAUAAGUAAUAACAAUAUUUUUUACUUCUUAAAUUCAGAUCAACUAUUAUUAAAAAUGAGAGGUUUAUAUCUGUUGUUUAUUAUCAUCUCCUUGGCAGUGGCACAUACUCCAAAAAAGUCUAAUUGCGUUCGAUAUAUUGAUUGUCCAACAGAAGAGUCUAACGAAGUGACGUUUAUGAAUGAUCCGAAAAACUGUCACAAUUUUUACAAAUGCACAAAAAUGAUAUGUCCUUUGGAAUGCCCAGAUCGUGGCAACGGAAAUCGAUUGGUCUGGAAUUCGAAAGAAAAAGUCUGCGAUUGGUCGUUUAAUGUUCCCAAUUUAACAAUCUGUCCUGACAUUAAUAAUCCACCGACGUCAUCGCCGUCGACACCGUCAUCAUCGACACCAUCAUCGUCGACACGUCGACUGUCGUCAUCGACACCGUCGCCGUCGACACCGUCAUCAUCGACACCAUCAUCGUCGACACUGUCGUCAUCGACACCGUCAUCGUCGACACCGUCAUCGUCGACACCGUCGUCAUCGACACCGUCGUCGUCGACACCGUCAUCGUCGACACCGUCGUUGUCGACACCGUCAUCGUCGACACCGUCAUCGUCGACACCGUCGUCGUCGACACCGUCAUCGUCGACACUGUCGUCGUCGACACCGUCGUCAUCGACACUGUCGUCGUCGACACCGUCAUCGUCGACACCGUCGUCGUCGACACCGUCAUCGUCGACACCGUCGUCGUCGACACCGUCGUCAUCGACAUCAACAGCUCCAUCGACUUCAAGGUGUCCAAAAAAUGGAAAAAAAAAUAUACCGCAUGAAUCAAACUGCAAUCUAUAUUAUUUAUGCAUUGAUGGAAAAAAGACGCUUGAAAAAUGCUUAGAAGGACACAUUUUCAAUCCAUUAAUCGAGAGCUGUGACUUACCGAAUCAUUAUCCUCCUUGUCAAAAGAUUAUCUUCCCACGAAAAUCAUUUUAUUUUUAAACGAUCGUUUCAUUUUCAUACGUUCAAUUUUUGAAAAAGAAUAAUUAGAAAUUGAUCAUGCGUUUGAUCAUGUCUUUUUUUGUAUAUCAUUCUGAUAUAUUUGUAAAACUAUCAAUAAAAUAUUCGAAUAAAAUUUUA